UUGAAAAAACAACAAUGGUGUCAAAUAAAGAAGAUCAAAUCACUCAGAAUAUGGAAGAAGGUAAUGUCCAAGUAGCCUCCAAUAACAAGGUUGGAUUUUGUUCAUCGCCUGCCGUCGUUGUCCUCGGUCAAAAGUUGAUUGCGGAGGUCAUAGGGACGUAUUUUGUUAUAUUUGCGGGGUGUGGUUCAGUUGUAGUGAACAAGCUUUAUGGUGGGACCGUUACGUUUCCAGGGAUAUGUGUAACAUGGGGACUUAUUGUUAUGGUCAUGGCUUACACUGUUGGACAUAUAUCAGGAGCACAUUUUAAUCCAGCUGUCACUAUUACUUUCAGCGUCUUCGGUCGCUUCCCUUGGAAAGAAGUACCUUUGUACAUAAUAGCUCAACUAAUGGGCUCGACUCUGGCUAGUGGAACUCUGUCUCUAAUGUUUGAUGUAACUCCUCAAGCUUAUUUUGGUACAGUUCCAACUGGAUCUAAUGUCCAAUCACUUGCUGCCGAAAUCAUCAUUUCUUUCCUUCUUAUGUUCGUCAUUUCAGGCGUUGGUACAGAUGAACGAGCGAUUGGACAUGUAUCUGGGAUAGCUGUGGGAAUGACCAUAACCUUGAACGUUUUUGUAGCAGGGCCAAUUUCAGGAGCAUCAAUGAAUCCAGCAAGAAGUAUUGGUCCAGCACUAGUGAGGCAUGUUUACAAAGGUCUUUGGGUAUAUAUUGUUGGUCCAAUCGUCGGAACCCUAGCCGGAGCGUUUGUGUACAAUUUGAUUCGAUCAACGGACAAACCACUCAAUGAGCUCACCAAAAGUGUAUCGUCCCUUCGAAGCUAAGAGCAAAUCAAAUAUAUUUAGCAUACUUUUGAGCGUCCCACUUAUAUUAGAUAUAUUUCGUUGAUUACUAGGCCACCACCAACACUGUAAUUUUCACAUUUUUGAGAUAUUUUUGCUGCAACUUCUUUGUAGUUGCACCCCAAAUUUCUUU